AUGGAGCGGCCGGAGCUCAGCGCCGCCACGCAGAGCUGUCCCAGGGCGGCUCCCGGGGGGAUUCAGAGUGGCAGUGCCACCUCUCCAUGCAGCCCCCCAAGCCAGCCACAUCCUCCCCGACCCAAAUUCGCCGAUUUCGGGGUUUCCCCCCAGAACUGCAGCCCUGCUCGCCGUGGGUGGGCCAGUGCCAAGCAGGGCAGGGAGCCACGUCCCGGAGCCAAACCCCGGCCCGGCGGCCACCGAGGGCUCGACCGCCCGGAGCCUCCCAAACCACAGAGCCCAACCCCAUCCAGCGACCCCCCCAACCCCACCGGGGACCCCCCAUCCGCCGCCACCGCCUUUUUUCCUGUCUCGCUGCCCCAUCAGCCGCGUUUGGGGGGGUCCGAGGGACGCCACGAGGCCACGCCAGCCCUGCGGUGGCUCUGA